AUGAACGACCUCACGAGCCCAUUGCUCGUCGGCCUUUGCGACGACGAGUUGGAUACCCGGAUCAAGUACCAUCGCGGGGUCUACUCCAAGUCCGACAGCUCGGGUCCCGUGGAGAAUGCCCUCUACCACAUCACCCCCGCGCGUUUUUUCCACAGCCGGCUCCCCGUCGGCCACGAGGGCAUCGAGGCUUACGUCUCCGAGGACUUUCACCACGUCGGCGCGGUGGAGGCAUUUUUAACCCCGGAGAAGCUUCUCGAUUGGGCCAACAAACACUUGGCCGAGCAGGAGGGCUACUUCUACGUGAUGCUGCUGGACCCCGCGGCGUUGGGGGAGACGCAGGAGUACGCCGCGGAGGAGGAUGUGAAGGAGACUGGGAGGGUGCUGAUCGUGGGACCGGUCGGGGUGGAGGCUAUCUCGAGGGUGUACGUCGCAUCCAGGGAACUGAAUAACUCGAGGACAGGCAAGUUCACGAACGUCGCGCCGCCCUCUCUGGUGGUGCGCUCGCGGCGAGACGACAAGGAUGACGAGGCAGCGGGUGAUGCCGGGAUCCGGGAGAAGUGA